UUUCCUGGCAUUCGAUCCCCUUGCGUCUUUCCAUAAUUGCUGCGUACCUAUCAUGCAUGCAUGCAUGAUAGGUACAUUAGGUACACAUGCCCCCCUCCUCCGGGUUUUCCCUCCAAUGCUCCUUUCUCUGGUUUCCUUCCUGUUUUGACUGUUCUGACUGCUCUGGCUACCUAUUCUAGCUUACCUUCCGGGCCCUCCUUUCACACCCUCAAACCCCUCGUGACAUCCAUUGAAGAUGCAAAACUCUCUAUUCCUAUCGUUGCUUGGCCUUUUGGCAGUUUCCGUUGCCAAUGCUACCUUCCUGGACAACACACCAGACUACGCCCUGAUUCUGAGCCGUCAGGCUCCUGGCACGCCACAGUUCGAAUGCCACUCCAACUGCGGUAACGCCCUCGCUGGUGGCCGCGACCCGGCCCAUUGCGACAACGCGACCUGGACCGGCUAUUACGAAGCCUGCCUCGGCUGCGCUCUGGACUUUGACAUCUGGCGCAUCUACGGCAACGGCGUGAGCAGCGCCGCUUCGGCCUGCGGCCUGAGCGCGACCCCGUCCCCGUCCGGCGACGACGGGCCGGCUCCGUCGUCCACGCCCGCGACCGGGUCCAGCGAGGCUUCUGCUCCGACAACCGCUUCCGCUGACGUUUCCGAGACCCCGUCGGAGACUGCUUCGGACACCGGGUCCCCGGACGGGCCGGCCGUCACCGCGCCGCCGAGUGCUACCGACUCCGAGACGGUCGGCUCUACCCCGUCUACGACAACUUCUGUGUCGACUGCUGCUGCCCCGAGGCCUGUAGUCUCCAGCCUUGGCUCGAUGUCGUGUGUUGGGGUGUUGGUGGCCGUCUUUGCGGGUCUUAUGGGGCCGUUGUGACGUUGUCUAGGGCUGGGGGACCGGUACUCAUUGCUAGAAUCAGGAAGCUGAAUGUAUGGUAGACGGCCUGAGCACCAA